UGCAAUACAGCCAAUCUUAGCUCCACCCCCACCAGCACUCAUUAUCACUUACCGUGCGAUGCUCACUUUCAAGAAUUAGCGGCGAACAAACUGACUUCGGGCUUGACUUUGAAUAUUGUCCCUGUCAGACAAAGCAAAUCAGUUAAUAAAAUGGCGGGUAGAGAACAGCAAAUAAAUCUCGAUAGCCUCAGCACUCAACAGCUGAGUGCCGUCAAGAAGCAGCUGGAUGAGGAGGUUGAGCACCUGACAGCCUCUUUCACGCAGCUCCACGCUGCACAAGGCAAAUUUCGCGAAUGCCUGCGCAUCGUGAAAGAGCAGUCGGCGUCACCAGAAGCAAAGAAGGAUGUUUUGGUUCCCCUGACGAACUCCUUGUAUGUAAGGGGCAAGCUGUCUGAUCCAAGCAAUGUUCUUGUUGAUGUCGGCACCGGCUUCUAUAUCGAAAAGAGUACUACCAGCGCAGCAGAGUUCUACGAGGCCAAGGUGAAAGAGCUAGGAGGAAACAUCCAGGGCCUCGAGGGCAUUGUGCAAGGGAAGACGAACAACUUGCGCGUCGUAGAGGAAGUUCUCCGCCAAAAGCUUGCCACUGGCGCCAAACCAUCGUAGGGUACUCCGUUCACAAAACGACACCGUCGAUAGAGUCAAAUACAACAAGCCUCUGGGAUCAUAAACCACCUCUUGAUGAUAUUAAAAAUA